AUUGCAGGAAUAAAUAUCCACGGUGUAGGUACUAUAAUCGUAAAUUAUGAUUAUUGUUAGUUUCUUUUUAUUUGAUUUAAAAAAAUAAAUACCAAUUUCUCCGAAAUGGCCACCGGAAGUUGCGCUUUUCCAAGUACCUUAGACAUGAACGAAUUGCCCAUAGUGCGCUUCAAACUAAACACACCGCCUUUGAGAUGUAUUAUUGAAGCCAUAUUACCUGAGUUAUUAGACAACUUUGAAAAUGCAAGUGUAGAAGUAGUUCAAUGUCCAGAUUUAACCCAACCACCGUUUAACUUGACUUCUGAAGGACUAUGUGGCGACGAAAACGUAUUUGACAUCGGCGACGUCACCAAUUUAGUGCCUUUGUUUAAGCGAGAAAAAUUGUAUAACGUCAAAGAUUUAAAACAGAUUACUGGGUCCGAUCCUUUGUUCAUCAUCGGAGCGUGUGCUGGACCAUAUCCGUUUUUCGGAGCCGACAGUGAGUGCGUGGAAAAUGUUAAAAUGACUGGCGACCGUGUGGAAAACGGAACACAUGUUCACAUGACAAAGUCCGAUGACGUCCCGGAGUGUUUCCAUAAGUCGUUACCCGACGACGAAAUGAGGUUUUCAAUGAUGGCCAAUUUUUUCACUAGUAACGGUUUUAAAGGAGAGGUUUUGAAAAUUGUGUGUGAAGUAAGAAAAGGACCUCUAAGUUAUAGCACGUGCAUUAAAGAAGCAUUAGUAAAGCAUUUUGGCAAUGAAAUAAUUGCGUUGGGUGGAGUAAUACUCAUCGAAAAUGGAAAAGUGAAGGUUCACGUCAUUAAACCGAGCUUGGCAAAAAUACCAAUAAAAUCAGAAAAAGAGUUAGGCACUUUGUUACAUUACAUUGAAUUAUCUCCACCGUUGGUGGGUGUCGGGUGCAUAGUCUCUCAUGAUCCCGGAUUGAAUUUAAGACUUCAACAUUUCCACCUGUACACUGAUCGCAAUCAAGGAGGACACUACUACAACGAUACGGAACCGGAAACCAUAAAAUAUACUGGUUAUUUUGGUGUUUCCAAGCAGUUUACUAAAAUUGAUUGAAUUCAAACGUUAUUCUGUAAUAUAUUAUAAACAUCGAUCCUUUAAGCUAGGUACUUCAUUUUUGUUUUAAACUGCAGCACUUUUUGUUAGUCAUUAUAGUUUUUAAUAAUAUUUGUAUAUCAUUUAAAAUAUUUACCUUAAACAGCCAUGGAUCCAGAGCAAAGAUAGGGGGGGGGGGGGGGUUAGUAGAUAAUAUCAAAAUUAUUUAAAUAAUAUCUUAUUACCCACAUCUAUUUAUUAAUAUAUAAUUUACAAUAUGUAGCAGAAAUAUUAAGAUAUCGCUAUUUAUAGUAUAUUUUACUUUACCUUUACCUAAUUAAAAUCAAAAUAAUGUAAAAUAGUUAGUACAUCGUACAUCAAAUAUCAGUAUCAGUAUUCAGAGAUAUGUAACUACUAAGUAUUUCAAUAACUUCUAUAGUUAAUUUAAAAUACAUUUUGAAAAAAUUAAAGUACCUAUGUUAUUUGAAAACACGUAAAAGUAUUAAUCACAAAAUACUGUAUUAUAAAAUAGAUACUGAGCAGUCAUCACAAUAGGUGCAGUAAAAAUACUUCAUAUAAUAGUUUUCAAGCAAAGCGAAAAAAUUUUUUUCGAAUCAACAAAUUGAUAGGUCAAUUAUUUGACAAAAUUGAUUUUAUUUUUUGUGUAACUAAAAAAUGUAUAUAACUUUAGAUAGGUCGUUUAAAUUUUCACCAAACGUCAGUAGAUGGGAGUGUCAAACCUGAUAAACAAACCUUAGUACCUAUACUUAUAUUGUAAUAUUUAGUACAUAGAUUAAGUAUAUAUUGUCUAUUUGUCUGGGCGAAUGUAAGUUCCUACAAUCCUACACGUGACUUAGCAGGUAAAGAAAAUACACAUGUUAGUUCCUACACGAUAGAAAAAUACAUAAUAUACAU